GCUUUACGUCACUUUACAAAGGGCCUCGGAGGGUAAAUGAGCUCAUCACGCUUGUUAGCCUCCUGCCUCCACGGCUGUCACCUGCGUCCUCAGUCCUGUUGCUGCAGAAGGGCUUGUGAGUGUGGGCACCUGGAGCUUGGGUGCGCCAGAAGAGAGCGCGCCUGACCCUGCAGGCCGGCUGAAGGCAGCGGGCGCAGCCCAUGAGGAGGACGAGCCAUGGGACUGGAGAGGAGAUUCUUUUCUUUGGAUUUGGGUGGCUUUUUUUCAUGCGCCAGCUGUUUAAGGACUAUGAGGUGCGCCAGUAUGUCGUGCAGGUGAUCUUCUCUGUGACCUUUGCGUUUUCCUGCACCAUGUUUGAGCUCAUCAUUUUCGAAAUCUUAGGCGUGCUGAAUAGCAGCUCCCGCUACUUCCACUGGAAAAUGAACCUGUGCGUGAUUCUGCUCGUCCUCGUUUUCAUGGUGCCUUUUUACAUUGGCUACUUCAUUGUGAGCAACAUCCAACUCUUGCGCAGGCAGCGGCUGCUCUUCUCCUGUCUCCUGUGGCUGACCUUUAUGUAUUUCUUCUGGAAGCUAGGAGAUCCGUUUCCCAUUCUCAGCCCUAAACACGGGAUCCUGUCCAUAGAGCAGCUCAUCAGCCGCGUCGGGGUGAUCGGGGUGACCCUCAUGGCGCUCCUGUCCGGCUUCGGUGCUGUCAACUGCCCAUACACGUACAUGUCCUACUUCCUCAGGAAUGUGACCGACACCGACAUUUUAGCCCUGGAGCGGCGACUGCUCCAGACCAUCGACAUGAUCAUAAGCAAAAAGAAAAGGAUGGCGAUGACGCGGAGAACAAUGUUCCAGAAGGGGGAGGUGCACAGCAAACCGUCCGGAUUCUGGGGAAUGAUUAGGAGUGUCGCCGCCUCGGCGCCAGGGAGUGAAAUGCCAGAUCUUACUCUUAUUCAACAGGAAGUGGAUGCUUUGGAAGAACUAAGCAGGCAGCUUUUUCUGGAAACAGUUGACCUACACGCUACCAAGGAGAGAAUAGAAUACUCCAAAACUUUCAAGGGGAAGUAUUUUAAUUUCCUGGGUUACUUUUUCUCGAUUUACUGCGUUUGGAAAAUUUUCAUGGCGACCAUCAAUAUCGUGUUUGACCGAGUUGGGAAGACUGACCCUGUCACACGAGGCAUUGAGAUCACUGUGAAUUACCUGGGGAUCCAGUUUGAUGUGAAGUUCUGGUCCCAGCACAUCUCCUUCAUUCUGGUUGGAAUAAUCAUCGUCACCUCCAUCCGGGGGCUGCUCAUCACGCUGACCAAGUUCUUCUACGCCAUCUCCAGCAGCAAGUCCUCCAACGUCAUAGUCCUGCUGUUGGCACAGAUAAUGGGCAUGUACCUGGUGUCCUCCGUGCUGCUGAUCCGCAUGAGCAUGCCGCCCGAGUACCGCACCAUCAUCACCCAGGUCCUCGGCGAGCUGCAGUUCAGCUUCUACCACCGCUGGUUCGACGUCAUCUUCCUGGUCAGCGCUCUCUCCAGCAUACUCUUCCUGUACCUGGCGCACAAGCAGGCCCCAGAGAAGCACAUGGCGCCCUGACUGCUGCCCCCUCCGACUGCUCGGCCAGCGCCAUCGGACUUUGUCGUGAAAGGGCAGAAACGGAGCCCGGCGCCUCGUGUUUUAAACAGCGCUGGGCAGCACCUUCGGCCCCGGCCCCGCCGGCCUCCCGCCAGCCGGUCGGCCUCAACACGAAGCCGGGCCUGAGCCGAGCGGGGCUCCGCCGGGAGCGUCCCCGGGCCGGGGCGGCGUGGAGGGAAGGGAGGCGGGGGAGGCGCUGGGACUCGGUGAGAGGAGUGGGAGGGGCGGACGGAGCCAGGGCUGCUGUGCGGCCCAGGCCCGCGGGCGGCUCCCCGACUGCCAUUAAAGUCAGAGGUUGUACCGGC